CAUGUUUUCUUUUUGACUCUGCAUUUUCCAACUCCUCUCUGUUUCUUUUCCUUCCUGCAGUUUCCAUCACACUUCAUCUUUGCCACAUGGCCAAAGGUGCUUCUCAGUCUCAGUCCUCCACUUCCACCAACACGCGACCAGGAAUGGUGGCUCCACGCGGCUCUGCUGCCGCCACCGCUGGCAUGCGCCGCCGUCGUAUCGGCGGAGGAAACAACUCCGGCAGUGUCGGAGGAGGCGCCGGCGCCGGCGCCGGAAGCAACAUGCUGAGGUUCUACACGGACGAUGCCCCGGGGCUGAAGAUUUCGCCGACGGUGGUGCUUGUGAUGAGCCUCUGCUUCAUCGGCUUCGUCACGGCCCUCCACGUGUUCGGAAAACUCUACCGCUACAAAUCUGGUCCUGGCGUUUGAUUUUAGGAUCCGAUAGCUAUCGUUUCUGAUCCCCUUUGGAUUUGUAAUUGUAGUUCUGAUCUGUGCCCUAAGCGCUUGAUUUUCGGUUCUCCGUUUCGUAAUUCAACGCUGCGUUUUAUGUUCCCCUUCCCAUUGACUGUUGUUGAAGGAAAAUCGCUUUUGGCUUUUUCUGUGAAAAUACUGUUUUUAUAUUCUUUAAGGACAGUAAUAUUUGGUGAGGUGGCUACUCUUUUUCGUUGUUAUUAAAUACUAACGCUAUGUUUU